UUGAUGUUUUGGUUUGGUUUGUAUUUGAUUGGAAUUAUAAAUUAAUUGUUUACGGUUAAACUGAUUUAAAUUCUUUUAUUCUUUUGUUAAUUUUUCACAAUUAAUUUAUACCUUAUCACUUACUAAACCUGUGAAAAUUGUUUAGAGUCUAAACUUGGCUCUAAAUUACCAAUUUACUCAAGUCUAAAUUUUCACUUUUCUAUCUUUUUCUCUCGUUACUUUUCCUGUUCUUUUUUUGUCUGUUCAAUUGAUAAGCUAUGAUUUUCUGACUCUUGUUGUUAUCGUUUUUUUCUCUAUUCAACUCUACAAUAAACAAUCCAUAAAUAUGUCACUGGUCUUCAUAUUCCUUAAAAAACGUUUAUCUUCUGUUUCCAGUGUAAUAAAAGUUAAUUAGAGCCUUAAUUAUUAAAUUAUAUCACCUGGCUCAAAAUACAAAAUUACCCAAUUUACUGGCCAUGGAUGAUUUAGGCCUCAGCUCUCGGCUGUUAGGCUUCAAGACAAAGAUUGAUGAUGCCGUGGCCUUGGUUCCGGACAUGACAGCUGAAGAAAAGCUUAGAGCUGUACAAUUUUGGAAUGUUGUCUCUGAAAAAUUGCAGGGAAUUGUUAAUGACAGUGCUGCUGACAUUAAUGCGCUUAUACCUGAUGAAUUUGGGGAUGAUGAUUUAAAUAAAGAGACGAAAGAAUUGGUAGAAACCAUUGAAAAUAGUAAAAAUUUUGAUUUUGAUUCAAGCUUGACCAGUGGAACAAGUUUGACUGCUCAGCCUGAAGAUGAAUCACUCGAUUUUCCUGAUAUUGCGUCGACUAAUCUAUCGGAUACAGGUUUAGAUUCACCAGCAGACAGUUUAUCAGAUGCUAGAGUUAACGAUCCAACAUUAUCGUUAAAUUUAUCCAGCUCUGAACAAUCACCAACUGGGACAACUAAUAUUCAAUCUACUCCACCACACUCACGAUCACUUGUUGACACAGAUGCAAAUGAUACUCUUUCUAUGAAUGGAAAUCUAAAUAAAUCAAACGAUUGUGAGAUUGAUGUUGAUCAAUUAUCAGUUAUGGAAAAUGAAUCUCUUCACUUUUCUGCUGAUAAUGUUGAUGAAACUCAAAUUGGUGAUCUAACUGAUAUAAGUACAGAUGCAAAUGUCUUAUAUGCUUUGGAAUCAACUGAUCGAGCCAAUGUAAUCCAAUCAACAUCACCUAAACAACAUUUCAACAAUAAUACGACUGUUGAAUCAUCCAUUCAAGACAGUAAUUCGAGUCUAGGAGAAAAUCUUGGAGCGGAAAGUGAGAGCAGUUUCAUCAGCGAAAGUGGAGAAAGUAGUCUAAAUAUAGAUCGAUUUGGUGUCUCUCACGUUUCAUUAGAAAUGGAAACUGAUACUAAUUCACUUGAAACACUUAUGGUUAACCAAUCGACCACGAAUGGCCUAAUGGCGACAACAGUUGACAAUAAUAAGAUUUUAGAUCAAUCAAAUCCUAUCCAAUCGAAUGGAAAUGUUUCUCUCAAGGUGAACGAUGAUGAGGAUAAACAGUAUACCUGCGAUGUCUGUGGGAAAAUAUCCAACAGUCAUUCUGCUCACACGAGUCAUAAAUGGACUCACACUAAAUCUUUUACUUGUGACGAAUGUGGAGCAAAAUUUUCCACCAAGGGUAAUCUUCUGGUCCAUCAGCGGCGACACACCGGCGAGAAGCCUUUCGCUUGUGACAAAUGUCCAGCCAUAUUUUCAACUAAGGGAAACUUACGACGACAUAUUAAAGCUCAUAGCGGUGAAAGAUCAUGGAAAUGUGAAGUCUGUGGAUCAAAGUUCACAGAGAAGAAAAGUCUCAAGGUGCAUAUGCGUCGUCACACUGGAGAAAGACCUUAUAAAUGUACAGUGUGUAACAAAGCCUUCUCCCAAACUGGAGUACUUCAAACUCACAUGGCUCUUCAUUUGGACGAAAGGAAAUAUCUUUGUGAAAUGUGUGGCAAAGCGUUUCGACAACGAUCUCAGCUUCGGUUACAUGUACUUCGACACGAGGGUGUUAAAAAAUGGGAUUGCUCCAAUUGUGCGGCUAAAUUUCUGACUAAAGGUGACCUGGAGCGACAUUUCCGUAUACACACUGGAGAGCGACCUUAUGUUUGUCCACUUUGUGGUAAAACUUUUACUCGACAACAAUCACUCAAUGAACACUCAAAUCGCCACCUUGGUUUGAAGCCAUAUAAUUGUGACAUUUGUCAUAAAAAAUUCUCGGAAAUGUCGGCCUGCUACAAGCACAUCAAAAUCCACAAAAAGCAGCAACAAAAAUCUGAAUCCGAUAAUCCUGACCUCGUUAAUCAAGAUUUUCAAUCAAUGGAAUCAACUAAUGGCGAUCAUCUAUUUCAGCCAGUCCUUAACUAACAAUUUAAAACCACUGGCAAUUAAGAAAACGAUUCGAAGCUUUUAAUUGUGUGCUGCUAUGAAGCCAUCGUCCAAGUUAAUCAUGAUUAGUUUCACUUAAUACUAAUGCAUCUUUCCAGCCAUUAAAAGACACCAUAAGGGUCUAAACACUCAUUAAGUAAUUUUUAAUAGUUAGAAGUUUUCUUUUUAUCUUUUAUGUGUUAGUUGUAAAUCAGCAACUACGAAAGUGAUUAAUACUUUUUCUUUUGUUUUCUCAAUAUUUCUCUUUUAAUUAUAAUCAUCAAUCAAGAAAGUUAGAGACUAACUCAAUGAGCCAACGAAUGAUUUAAAUGAUCUAAAUCAUUUACACAGGUUUAUCUCAAACUCUUUCUUUCUUUUUUCUCAAAUAAUCAAAUGCAAAACAAUUUAAUUAGUUUAUCUUCUUCCGUCGUCUUAAUCAUCUACAUUAUAUCAAAGUUGAUCAAGAGACUUAAUUGGUAACAAUUUAAUAACUACUAUUAUAUACAAAAAUCAAACCAUGUACUUUAAUUAUGAAAUGACAAACAUUAUGUGAACUCUUUUUGCUUAAACAAUUAAACAAAAUCUGUAGCUUUCCAGGCUAACAGACCAAAAAAGAAA